AUGAAAUACACAGAUAAUUAAGAAGAAGUCACUCUUGAUCAACUAAAGGAGUAUCUGAAAGACUAAGGAAAUUACAAUGAAGAAACAUUCUCUCAAAACGUAGACAUUUUCCAAUAGUUGAUCGAUGAUCUGAUCUAAAAUGAUUCAGAGCAAACCUAUGAACAAUAUGGAAUAUCUCCCUAAGAAUUGCAUUAGACUUGGUUAACCGAAAAAGAUAGGGUGUUGUCCUAUUAUAUAAAAAAGAGGACUCAAGGAUAAAAAAUUGAAAAGUUUCAAUGGUCAGUAAACAAUUAGUUCUAUUCAAAAAAAGCUAAAAAUAUUAAUAAACCUGUUUGCAUAAUGAAUCUGAAGUCAAAAGAUGUUGUCAACAAGACUUAUAAAUUUCACACGUUCGAAAUAAAUGAGGAGGAUUUAAAUUACAUAGAAGAUCAAAUGAAAAAAAUAGAGUAAACUAUAAAUGCAUUGCUUUUGUGA